AUGCCCUCCGAGCGGCGACCCACCGCGGUGCUCGCUGAUGCGUCCAACGCGCAGUCCCUCGCGAGAUCGUCCGCGCGAAAGCGUGCGCCGCAGAGCGUCGAGAAGAGCGCGAAGAGCGACGUUGUGCAUUCGGGCGAAAACGACACGACACGCGUCGCCGACGGCGAUGCGGCGAACGCGAACGUCUUCGCGAGCAUCGACGACAUUGUGAAGGAGAUCAAUGACAUGGCCGAGCGCGAGUGCGCGAAGAUGGUUGAGUUAGGUGAGGCGGAGUGCGAGAAAUUGGCGACCGAGCACGCGGCGCGGUGGCGCUCGAUGCCGAAGAGGGUGAAGGAGGCGCCGCUCACGGAGUUCGCCGACGAUUUAAAGAGAGACGGUAGCGAGGAGGCGAUGGCGGAGCUCAUCGAGGUGAACAAGGUGCUCGCGACGAUUGAUGAAACGUUAGUUCGCUAG